AGAGUUCCGUGAACGGUAUGCUGCUCCUCUGGGUCUGCGGCUUCGCGCUGUGCUGCUGCUGCUACUGUCUCGCCCGCCCGCUGACGGAGCUUGGAAUGCGGUGCUGCACCACUGGUUUGCGCAAACUGUUGCGGAAGUGCCGCAGGACGGCGAAACGCGUGCAGAAAUCCGUCGACACAGACGCGGAAGUCGCACGAUGUGUAAAGGAGCUAAAGAGGAGGGAACGAGAAAUCGCCGAGAGGAUCGAGGAGCGUGCAGUUGGGCCCUUUGUUCACAGCUACGGAAGGAUAGAGGAGAUUGUUCGAGACGACGACAUCGAAGCGGCCUUCUCGGAGCGCGUACGAAAACUGGCUAUGGAACGAUAUCUAGACGAUCUUCAGUGGCACGACAUUACGCCCCGCGGGGCCGAAAAACGCUGCGCAUGCUGUCCUGCUGACAAUAAUCUAUACGACUGCCGGCGCAACGUAUUUUUGACAGCUAGCAGAGACUGCUUCAUUCCGUUCUUAUCCGCCACGCUACGCAACUAUUUGCUGUUUAUCCGGAGGUUCUGCAAGUGCGUUGCCUGUUUCUGCAGUUGCGGUGGCCAGUUUCCGGACCUUUGUUGCACGAACAUCGACUACUGCGGCUCAGUGAUUGGUUCCACGCCCCCCGCGCUCCUGCCUUCACCAACGGGGGACAUCGUUUCGCAGGACGAGGCACGGAAGAUCUUUGCAAAACUGAUUUGCGAAAGCCACGAUGGACACAUAUCAAGAGCACCAAUGGACUUGAAUAGCGGUGGGGACGAGGAGGGGGAAAGCGAAGACGUCGAGUCAUCAACAACCACUUCAGCUGACGACCCUGACAGCGAAACAAGCAGGAUAAGAACAUCAGAUGAAAGUGGAGCACAAGAAGUACCGAUUGCUGCUGCCGAGGGC